AUGGCAUCCUCCGACAGCACGACUUGGCCGCCAGCCGCAGGUCUCUGCUCCCCCACGGUUCCUCGGCAAGAUGCCGUCUUCCAGUCAUCUGGCUCAUGUCGCAUCAAUGCUCCGGCAGCACUCGUCUUCGAGAAUGUACUCCGCAUCCAAGACUACGAGAAGUGGAACUCCUUUGUCCCGGAAGCACGAAUCGUGAAGCAGCAAUUCAGUCGACCGGACCUCUCUCCGGACGAGCAAGCUGCUGAAGCCAGCGACUUCAGCCACAUGAAGAAGGACUGCAUCAUGCACUUCUCCGCCGUCAUGAACUCUGCCAAACCAGAGAACAAGAACCAGAUCGAGCUUCUGGUGACCGACAUCUCCACCCCAGACAAGCCAAGCGAUUACCUUGAUGCCGAAACCUUGACAGAUCCUGCAUACACGAGCGAUCUAAGCAAAUUAUACCGCAUCAGCUGGAAAUCUCACGGUGGAUUUGUGACCAAGGGCCUGAGGACUGAGCGUUUCCAUGAGAUCAUUGUUCUUGGUGAGAAUGAAUGCGAGGUCAGGACUUGGGAGGUCUAUGGCGCUGUACUGGCAUACACUGUGAAGUGGAUGUAUCAGAAGACGCUCAACGAGAAGUUUCAGCUGUGGGCUGAUGACUUAAAGAAGUAUAGCGAGCAGCAAGCGAUGGCAUCCAAGCAUGCCUAG